UGGAACCAUGAGUGCGGCCAGUCCGGUGCUGCUUCCAUCUAUUACCCCCCAGGGGCACUUUGCAAACCCUUACGCUGUAGAAGUCCUGAAGACCAAGAAAGAUGAAAUCAUCGAAGGCAUCAAGAAACCUGAAGAGCUCCUCAACCUUCUUGUAGACCACGGAAUCUUCUCUGCCGAUAAGAAAAUGGUGAUGUCCUACUACAGGACCCGGACGGAGAAGAAUUCCCGCAUGGUGGACAUCUUAUUGUCUAAAGGUGAGAGGGCUUGUCGUCUGUUCUUCUACCCCUGUCUCAAGCAGAUAGAGCCCGGGUUAUACAAUAGUGUCAAAAGUUACGUCAACGGAGUCAAUGAUGGUGUCGGAGACGGGAGAAGGCAACUGGUGGGGUAUCUACUGGAGAGGGACAAGGAGGACACUCAAGAUAGAGUCAACCAGCCACCACCAAAAAUGUCCCGUAAGGAGAACGUGCCCCAUAAAGUCAAAAAAGAGACUCAAAAACCAAGUGUCCAAGUCAAGGAGAAGAGUUCUCCGCAGGAAACGCCGAGACAGCCUCCACCGCAGACCCCGAGACAGAAGGUGGUCCAGUCAUCUGUUGGGGUCUUCGAUGCCGCCAUGAAGGGCGACCUCUCCGCGUUGGAGUCAAUUCUCAAGGGCUCCGACGUCAACGCCGUAAACUCUGCUGGAGAAACUCUGUUACACGUAGCCGCUUCUCACGGUCAUGUCCCCAUCGUCGAAUUCUUGCUAUCGAAAGGCGCCAAAGUAGACAUGAAGGAUAAGAAAGGAAGGACGCCCCUGCACCGAGCGGCCGAGAAUGGACACCUAGAAGCUGUGAGGGUCUUACUCCGGGCCGGAGCCAACAUGUACGCCCUGGACAAAGAUUCCCAAUCUCCUCUACACCUAGCGGCUCAGAACAAUCACCACCAUCUGGUGAAACUCUUCCUUCAAGAAGAAGGGAAACGCUACAAAAACAGGUCCAACUUUUUGCACCUGGAGGCAUCCAAAAACAAUAGUCGCCUGGUGGAGAUUCUUCUGAAGAACGGCGCCGAUGCCGAUAGUGUGGAUGAUAAAAAGAAAACAGCCUUAUACCACGCGGUGUCCGGCGGUCAUGAGGCCACCGUCAAAGUGUUACUGGAAGCAGGCGCCACUAUUGACUCCAGCAUCAUAGACUUGGCCUUUGGGACCAACAACGAGCACAUUUUCGGCCUCCUCCUCCAGUAUUCCAAGGGUCUGUCCCCCGACACCAUGAUCUCCGCCAUGUUUAAAGCCGUCCCGCUCAACCUUUACGGGAUCGUCAAGGCUUUGAUCGACAAAGGCACGGACGUGAACGCCAAGAACGACAUCCAGUAUACGCCUCUCCUCCUGGCGGCAGAGCUGGGCAAGUCGGAGACGGCGCAAGUGCUUAUCGAGAAAGGGGCGCGCCUGGACGAGCGGACGCCAAAUCUGAACACGGCUCUGCAUCUGUCUGUUCUAGGGGGAGAUGUUUCCACCACAAAACUGCUGCUCCAGAAGGGCAUUAAUGUUAAUAUUACCGGUGCCGGAGACGAAACUCCGCUCCACAUGGCGGCCUACCAUAACAAAGUGGACUUGAGCGAGAUUUUGCUUUCAGCUGGUGCCAACGUGAACGACGUUACCAAGGAAUCGGUGACUCCGCUGCACGUUGCGAGCCGGAGGAACAACGUCGAUGUUGCCCGAAAUCUCAUAGAGCACAAAGCCAAAGUGAACGCCAAAGACAAGCAGUCGAGGACGCCGCUACAUAUGGCGGCAGAAGGAGGGGGUCUCGCCCUGGUGCAGCUUCUCCUCGAUAACAAGGCAGACCCCAACGUUACCGACAAGGAUAAAAAGACCCCACUCCACAUUGCAGCCGCGGAGGGAAACCUUGAGGUGGUGACGGCUCUGUUUGGUAGCCAGGCCAGGUAUGGGUUGAAGGACAUGGACGGCAGUACCCCCCUCCAUUAUGCCGUCAUCUCCGGCAAUGCCGAUAUUGUCAAAUCUUUGCUGAAAGCUGCAAAAAACAAAAACCUGGAAGAUAAAAAUGUCUGGAGAAAAACACCCCUGCACCUGGCGGCCGAACACGGACAAAGCGACAUCAUCCAGCAGCUGCUGACCAACGGGGCGGCCAUAGACCCCCUGGAUAAUAACCGCGAUACCCCCCUGCACUGUGCCUGUAGAUCCGGUCACCUGACCUCGGUGCAGACCCUCGUGGGCUGGACCCAGGGGCAUAAAGCCAAUUUACAGGCCACCAACAGUCUGAAGAAGACCCCGCUGCAGGUGGCAGAAGCUGGAAGCACCGACAGUCACCAGCAGGUGGCGACGCUCCUGAAAAAGAAAAUGCUGAUAAUCAAAUAGAAGUGAAUGCAACUAAAAAAGAGACGAGAGAGGGGACCCCCGCAAAUGCACUAAGUGGGGUAUUCCCGGCUCGUAUGUACAGUUUCCUUGCCCCCUACAAGCUGUUUUUGUGGAUGCUGGAAGUAGUCGGGAAGCCAAAAGCA